GAGAGGUAGUGCGCGUCCAGGUCUUUUUUCUCAGCCUGUCUCACCCUCUCUGAGCUGCAGCAUGGUCCCUUACAGUCCAGAUGUGAACAGAUAACUGUGAAGCCUCCCGUCUGCCUGCCUGCCUGCCUGCCUGCCUGCCUGCCUGCCUCCCUGCCUGUUUGUCUAUCAGCCUGCCCUUCCUUGGAAACGAUGGGCUCCUGCAUCUCUAAAGAUCUCCACGGCGCCCCGCAACCACCCUCAGCCGAACUGCAGCAGCAGCAGCAGCCUGGCACUGAGGACCAGGCCAUUUCAAAGGAGCAGACAGGAUUUUGCUGGGUCCCCUUAAAGAAAUGCUUCAAGCCUGCCGUGAACGGGAUUGUGCAGGAGAAGAAGCAGACCCCCGACGGAUUUGAAAUCGCAGAGUUGGCGACAUCAUCCCUGCUGGGUCUGGUGGCGACUUUCAAAGAGCGCAUCACCAAGCCGACGGCAAUGGCGCAGGGCCGCGUGGCCCACCUGAUUGAGUGGAAGGGCUGGAACAGCAAGCAGCAGGGCUGGGGGGCAGCGCCCCUUCAGGACGAGGAGCAGUACAGCGACCUGACGGACGAGCUCAAAGAGGCGCGUUUCGCCGCAGGCGUUGCCGAGCAGUUUGCCAUCGCCGAGGCGACCAUGAGUGCCUGGUCAUCGAUGGACGGUGAAGUCGAGCACGAUGGGAAGCUUUCCCAGGAUUCUGCUCUCUUUCCAGGUCUCGAUGCGGAGGGGGUCUAUCUCCAGCAACUGAGGAUGAAUGGCACCCAGAGGCUUUAUAGUAUCAAUCUGGACAGGGGUGAUGAGAAAGGCCUGUACUCCCAGGAGCAGACCCAAUCUAUCAGGGACAUGCUCACAGGCAAUCCGGAGAGACAGGGCCCCCUGCUGGUGGGGAGGAGCUCCAGCACAGGACAGCAUCCCCGAAGGAGCAGCUCCAUUCGACAUGCUGACAGCAGCUCCAUCUCCGAAGAUGAAGUCUUUUACAACUAG